CACUUUAGCACAAACGCAACUUAAAAUAAUAGAGUUGAUUCUAGAUCUAUGUAAAUAUUUCAAGCGCGACCAACACGGAUCAAGAUUCUAGAUCUAAUAAGGAAAAACGGUUCAGGUUAGAGACCGAGAGAUUUGUCGUUUUGUCUGCUUACCUUUCCUAAGAGCUCUCCGCUAGAUUACUGGAGGAGCUGGCCCUAAACCACAAGAAGCCCUCACCCCGUGGACAGAUGGAGUUCUGGCACCGGCCGCGGUGUGCGGAGGUCAAGGCCGUGACAUUGAGCCCUCAGGACGAUGCCGAGCUGGUCAUCGACGAGGUGCAGCUGUGGACAGAAGACGCGGCGGAGGAGUUGUCAGAAGUAGAUGUCGAUGAUGUACCUGAUCACGUGACUAUGACGAAAAUAGCUUCCAAUCGCAAUGAGUGUCUGAACGGGUGCAGGAAAGGAAAAAGUGACAAGAGGAAAAGCCAAUUAGGCAAAUUGCUUCUUCUUCUAAUUUUGUAUUUCAAUGUCAAAAGCGCCACGGGUGAGCGCUGUGUGAACUGGACCAAGUAUUUAUCCAAGCAUCCGUCCCACAAAAAUUACAUUAAGCCUCUGCAUCUCUCCAGCUUAGAUUAUAUUGAGUGCCCCAAAGGUUGCUGUGGAAAAUGGAAGGACGUAUGCUGCACAGAGAGCUAUGCUUUGACCAUGGGUGUGUCCAUUCUCACAGCUAUUGUCGUUAUUCUUGUUGCAGCGUAUUGGUGGAGAAAGCGUAAGGCUGGCCAAAGUCAAACCGUGCGAGGGAAUGUGGUCGUGUUGGUGCCAGCGUUGUUGCCUCUAGUGCCUCAUAAGGCGCCUAGGAAAAUACGGCCUUAAGUGCUGGUCCAGAGAUUUCUUGCUUUACCCCAGACUUUUGUCUGUCACGUUUGUUCUCUG